AUGGUCUGGGUCUGCUCCAGAGCCAGUACCAGGAGACUGGAGAGUACUAGGAGACUGGAGAGUACCAGGAGACUGGAGAGUACCAGGAGACUGGAGAGUACUAGGAGACUGGAGAGUACCAGGAGACUGGAGAGUACUAGGAGACUGGAGAGUACUAGGAGACUGGAGAGUACCAGGAGACUGGAGAGUACCAGGAGACUGGAAACUGAUGUCACUGUCCCCCCGGCUGAUGUGACUGUCCCUCCAGCUGAUGUCACUGUCCCCCCGACUGAUGUGACUGUCCCCCCGGCUGACGUGACUGUCCCCCCGGCUGAUGUGACUGUCCCCCGGCUGAUGUGGGACUCCGCCGCCCGCCAGCUAGAUCCAAUCUGCAGGGCGACACGGCACGGCGGUGGGGUGGGCGCACAGACGCCUGACGAACGAAGCAGCAGAGGGACCGCACUGAAGCAAGCACGACGGCAGGGCCGCAUAUGCGCCAGCACGAACGCGGGCCGACUGCGACCGAACGCAGCCACGCGGGCACGCCAGAGCCAAGACGACCGCGGGCCAGACACUGAGACACAGCAGCACGAGCCGCGACGCGCCAGCGAUCCGCCUCGGCCGACGCAGGGACAGACAGCGCCAGACGAAAGAUCGAGGGCAGCAAUGCGGACAAGCACCGAAAGCGGGCCGACACUGCGCCAGACGACCCGCGGGCCGCCAUGCGACCUCGACGACCAGCGAGGGCCGAAUGACGAACCAUAA